CGCCUUCAGUUUGAAUUGUGUCCUCGUUAAGAAAGGAUAUUCGUUACAUUGUUGUUAAGUUGUUAUUAUAAUUUCUCAAACAAACCAACCAACCAACCAAAGCAACCCAAACCGAAAGCCAACUGCUCGCUAAAGAGAAUUCUAAAUAAAAACCGAAAAAAUCUAAACACAGAACAUCCUGCCUUUUGUGCUUGGGAUUCUGGAUGGGAACAUAAAUUACAAAUAUAAAAAACCAAAUGAACUUUUUGAAAACAAAUUUCAUUGGUCUGUGAUAAGUGAAGGUCAAGCAAAAAAAUUUUUUAUGCAAAACUAAAAAACAAAUUAAAAGCCAACCACAAACAACACGAAGCGGAACAAACGGAAAGGAAAACCACAAAAAAGGCAACAUUUUCAAACUAGCAGAAUUGUAGAAAUUAUUUAAUGCAUCAAAUCGUUUGCGAAUAAAACAACAACAUCAACCAAAGCCAGCAGGAGCAACAGCUACAUCUACAGCAACAAUAGUGCGGUUUCACACAAAAAGGCAGCCAUUAAAAAAUACGUAGCCAAAUUAUAAUAAAAUUUAUUUAUAUCAUCAACUGCAAGGCGGCAGGCACUUCAUUAAACAUCAAAGCGAGCUGCGUGCAACCGCAAAACGUGCAAAUUCCGCACCGCAACAGCAGCAGCAAUUGCAGCAGAAAAGCAGCAACAGCAUCAAUACCAAAAACGCAACAAGCAGCAUCCGAGUGCAACUGAAACUGUAAAAUGUUGGCAAUGCCCACGCUGAUGAUGCCAGCCACCGCACAGAUGACGCUCAGCAGUCAGCCCCUUUCCGUGGGCGCCGCCCAUGGCAAGCCCUACGAGACAAAGCUGCUGGCCAUCCACCAGACGCAUCUGCAGCAGCAGCAGCAACCGGCUCCCGCGCAGCAGCAGCAGGUGCAGCAGCAGCAGAACGGCAAGCAACAGCAGCAACCCCAGCAGAUGACCAUCGUCACCACCCAGCAGCAGCAGCAACAGCAUCCCCAGUCGCAGUCGCCACACCAGCACCAGCAGCAGUCGCAGCAGCAGGCCGCCGCUGCAGCCGCCGCAGCCGCAGCUGCCGCCCACCACCAGCAACAACAGGCCGUGGCCGCCGCCGUCUGCGCCGCCCAACAACAGGCAGUGGUCGUCCAGCAGCAGCAGCAGUACCAGAUCCACUCGCAGCAGCAAUCGCCGCAGCAGCAGGUGCUCAGCGUUUCCCCCAAGCAGGAACAAUUCCACAUCUUUGUCGGCGACUUGAGCUCAGAAAUUGAAACUCAGCAAUUGCGCGAAGCAUUCACACCAUUCGGCGAAAUCUCCGACUGUCGCGUGGUUCGCGAUCCACAAACCUUGAAGUCGAAGGGCUAUGGUUUUGUGUCCUUCAUCAAGAAAUCGGAAGCCGAGAGCGCCAUUACGGCCAUGAAUGGCCAGUGGCUUGGCUCCCGUUCAAUUCGCACGAAUUGGGCCACACGGAAACCGCCGGCGAGUAAAGAGAACAUCAAGCCAUUGACCUUCGACGAGGUCUACAAUCAGAGCAGUCCCUCCAAUUGCACCGUUUAUGUGGGCGGAGUCAAUAGCGCCCUCACAGCCCUCAGCGAGGAGGUGCUCCAGAAGACAUUCGCCCCCUAUGGAGCGAUACAGGAGAUUCGAGUCUUCAAGGAUAAGGGCUAUGCCUUUGUGCGCUUCUCCACCAAGGAGGCAGCCACCCAUGCCAUUGUCGGUGUCCACAACACGGAAAUAAACGCCCAGCCCGUAAAGUGCUCCUGGGGCAAGGAGAGCGGCGAUCCCAAUAACGCCCAGACCAUCGCCACCCAGGCACUCAACUCGGCCGCCGCCGCCGCUGCAGGAUUCCCGUAUGGAGUUGGCGCCGCCGCUGCCGCAGCCGCCUAUGGUCAGCAGCUGGCCGCCACGGGAUGCUGGUACUCGCCCACGCCCACCUACCCGGCCUCCUCGGCCACGGCGGCUGCUGUGACCCCGGCGGCAGCCAAUGCAGCUGCCGUGCAGAAUCAGUUCCUGCAGGGCAUCCAGGGAUACCACUUUAGCCAGUACGCCGGAUACCAGCAGGGCUACAUGGGCAUGGGCGUACAGAUUCCUGCCACCUGGCAAGGCGUCACCCAGGCACAGAUCUCUCCUGCCCAGCAACUGGCAACGGGCGUGGCCGGGACCGCCAUUCCGCAGACCGCCGGUGUGGUCGCCUAUCCGAUACAGCAGUUCCAAGUGAGCCCACAGGUUUAUCCUUUACUUUUGCAGGCACAGUAAACGAAAAAAGCCAAAAACCGAAAUCCAAACAAAAUUUUUCAAGUACAGCUGCAAUUUUCUGAACAGAAACAAAACCAAACUGAGCUGUAAAUAAAAUGCGAAGCGCAGAACACAAAUUGCAAAACAAUUGAUGGCAACUCGAAGUUUGGCGAUUUUAGAGAGCUGCACCCCAGAAACAAAAGCAAGAGCAAAAGCAUAAGCGAAUGCAAAACCUAAACCUUAACCUAAACCUAAACCAAAACCAAAGCUAAAUGAAAAUUACACGAGUUCACACACACACCCACAUGAAUAUAUACAUACUAAUUAUAUAUAUAAAACAUAUAUGUAUGACUAGAGCAUAAAUAUCUGUCGAGCAUUGGGGGGAGCUGAAGCCAAAGCAAACAAUUAUUAUGUAUAUGCAAAAGCAAAGAAAGCUAAAAUAUUUUUAACCCUAGUUGCUUACACCACAACACAUACAUACACCAAAACACACCCACACCCACACACACCAACACCGAAACCGAAAUAUUUUAAUGCUUAAUGUAAAUGUGUUGGAGCACGGCGCGUAUAAAAAAUAAUAAUAACAAUAAUUAAUUGAAGCAAGAAAAAAGAGAGGUACAUGCAAAAACUGUGCUUAUAAAUAAAAUAGGGGCAUACAACUUGGUCGAGGGAAAGACAUAAAUCGAGUGGCGGCCGAAAUUAAACGCACAGACUCAUAUUCAUAUGCAUCUCACACCCACAUCCUCAUGUAUUUCCAGAGUGGCGGCAUUAAAUUAAAAUAAACAUAAUUAAAAAUGCGUUAAAAUUAAUUACGCGAACACACACAUGCAGACGCGUGCAAGUAAAUAUUUGUAUGUGUGUAUACAAAUAUUCGUCCUUGCCCCCCACCCGCUCUGCCAUUUCCCUUCAACAGCAGGACCCGCAUCAUUUUGUAUUGCCUACUUUUGCGCGCAGUUUGGUUCUAGCUUGGCGCACUCACACACUCUACACCAAAAACACACAUACACACAUAGCACUAGUGCCUAUAACUAUGAUAGAUGUCGUGGAUAUUUUAAAGGAUACUACAAAUCACACACGUUAAAGAAAAUACAGACAACUGCCAAAUCGGGCCAGAAGCAGUUCAUGUCCUGCUAUCACUUCCUAUAUAGAAUGCAACUGAAAGUUUACGCACUCACACUACUUUGAUUUGUGAUCGAUCAGCAAUUGAAAGACAGGUUCCUACACACGCACAUCAAAACACUAUGAAGUACGAAUCCGAAUCCAGGACCCUCGAGCCCUCUCUCUCACUCUCUCUCUCCAUCCAUAUGCAACCAUCCUUUUCGAAGGGGCUUCGCAAUUAGCAGCAGCUGCAGAGCUGAGCCUUUAAUUUGUUUGAAAUUUGAGUCUAAUUUGAUUACGAUUUAAGUUUUUCGCUUCACUUUCAACAAGCCUCAUGAGAGCCAUGUACAAAGCAGCUAAACCCGACACGAAAGCCGCAAAAAUGUUUCAACUCCCUCCAAAACAAUUUACCAACACACACUCCUCUUGUACUAAGCUAUGUAUAUAUGAUACGUUUAUGGUUUUAUUUCAGUUGCCAGAAGAGGAAUGGUUAGCUGCAAAUUUGUUGUGUUAGUUCUCUGUUGUUUAGGCCAAAACGAAAACGAAAUCACAAUCCAAACUAAAAG